GGACCAAGCCAGUUUGGCCGCGAGCGUGUGCGAGACCGCACGAGCUGAGGGCCGGAAUCAAAACCUGGAAGCAUUGUGCCACCAAAAGAAACCAAUCAACCGUACCUGUGAAGAUGCAACGCCCGAAUUAGUAGGCCAAGCAAGCGUGUCGCUCAUGUGGUAGUGUGCACUCUAUUUGUUAAAAGGGGAGCAGUGUGGUAGGGUGUGAGGUGCUUUCAGUCCGCCCCAAAGUGACCAUUGUCACAAUCUCCCAUGGCCUAGUGGGCAGACCGUGUACGUCUAUCAUUAGCAAUCAACAAUCGACGAUCUAAUACCCCCGUGUGAGUGUGUGUGUUUGUAUGUGUUUGUUUAAAAAGGAACAAGCCAAAUAGGAAAACAUAAUAUAAAACGCACUGCGACGAUGUUCGUACGCAAACAUCAUUAUCAGCAGGGCAAGGUGUAGGAAAAGCAAAUUCCAGUACUCAGUAAGCAAAACUAAACAAAAUCGAAAAACCCGUCCCAUAUCGUUAGCUUAGGAUAAGAGCAGCCAAACGUUUGAAAGUUGUGUACUUUAUACAGAAGAGAUCUUAUUCCGUCAACUCCACCAACACCUCCACACCCAACCCACUCUCCCCAUCUGUCAAUCCGUCCGCCAGUGUGGCAACAAUGUUCUGGAUCCUGAGGCGUACCGGCGCAGUCAACUUGUUCAACUCCAUCAACGGCAACGGUAACGCAGCCAAAACGGGGUCCAACCACAGCAGCAACUCGGAAAGGAGUAACCCUCGUCCACCACGCAAAGCCUACGGAAGGCUGAGCGGCGAGCCGGAUGACUCGCAGUCGCAUCAGCGGGCGCGGUACGAUGUGACUGGCUCGUCGGCCAGCCCGCCCUACACCGUUAAGCUGAUCGACUUCGAUGGGGCGGCAGGCUCGGAGACAACAGCGCCCGGUUGCGCUUGUGGCGAGCUGCAGCAGCUUAACGGCAACAGUUUCUGCUGCACCGGCUACGCCUGUCCCGAGAGCAACAAUCACAACAACAACAACAACAACAACUACAACAGCAACAUCCUCAACAACAAUCACGCAGGCAGCAAUCAAACACACGGCAGCAUGGCGCUCAACAGUGUCGACAAUGAUGAUGACGACGAUGGUGACGACGGCGGUGGCGGCGCUGCAGAUAUCAACCGGAACCACUCGAACUACAACGACACCGACUCGGAGCUCGAGCUGGACGGCAAGAUCAAGGAGCAGCGGCUGGAGGAGCAAACCCUAGCCCGGCUGCACGCGAUCGCCCUGUCCGAUGACGACGACUACGAUGAGUCACUAACAUGCAACGUGUGCGAUCGGGCAUUCCGCUGCCGCCGUCAGCUGGCGUCCCAUCAACAGAAGAAGCGUCACUUCGGUUGCAGUGGCUGCGAUAGCCUCUUCUCGUCGCUGAUGCUGCUGGAGCACCACAAGGAAGAGUUCGAGCACUGGAGCGAUUACGAGGACGACCGGCGACUACCGUGCUGCCGGCGUAACCGCCGGGACGAGGACGACUACACCGACACCGAGUCGGGCACCAGCGACGCGGAAAGUGAGGACCUCGAGCGGCUGCUGUGAGCGGCUUUCUGACGAGGGGCGGUGCUGGUCAUCUCCUGACAAACCCGGACGAACUCUGUGACGCUUGUUACGUGUUGAAGGGAGUUAUGUUUAGCAAGAGAUUUUUCAUUGCCGCUGUACAUUUUUUGGAACUCGUUGUUUGUAGCCGCCAAAGUAGUAGAAGAAGAAGACAUCUAAAAUAUUGGUGAUGUUAUGAUGAUUGUUGCCCUACCGCACUAUAUGUUAUACGCGUUGCUUAUCCACAGAGAUAUUAAUCCUUCCGUAGCUGUAUGAAAUGUAUCUUCCUUGCGUGGCAAGUGUAGCAAUGUUUUGAAUUCGACUGUCUUGGACGUAUUGUAUGGGAAAGACUUUCCCAAUACCGUAGUUCCCCCAGACACGUCGGAUGAGUUCCUUCUUUAGCAGCACAACUAUGUGCCACCAGACCAAACUGCGCCCUUGUUGUUCCCUUGUUGGUGUCUAAGGUGUCUAUAAAAACAAAACGGUUGCUAUUUUCCAAGCUUAUUUGUACUUCACACGAACCCUUAGAAAAGACAGAUGACCGUUACAAAUGACGAAAGAACGUAUAAGCAACUAAUAUUGUGCGCAAAACAAUCCCAAAGCUACCAGAUAGGAACUAAACAAAAUAAAGUAAAUAUCAAAGCCAAAAACAUUGAGAUACAUUUAUAGACUAGCAACAGACUGUGUGAACCCACACACGGUCCGGAAAUUAUAAUGCCAAACAUAUUUACUGGAAAACAUACACACACAUAUACACAUACAAAUACACGCAGGCACAUCACGAUUUAAAAAAAGGGUGCGAUGUGUAUCCAACGCAGCGUGUUGAGGAUAUCAAUGGUGAAAAAGCCCAACAAACACAAAAAGUAAAACAAAACAUAGCAAACAUUUUGUCGUCCCAUGCAUACCCAAGGUUUACCUAGGCAUUCCGAUGGCAGAAAAAACGACGUGGAACCAAAUUCUAUUAAAAUAUUCAUAUCAUUACAACACGACCGCGGACAGCUGCAGGAUUUUGAAGGCAUGCAAGAGCAGAAAGAGGUGCACCGAAGGAGAAUGAUAUGGAAAACAGGUAGCUUUGAAAUGAUAAAAAAUGAAAAGGAAAGCAACGCAACAAAAAAAACUAUAUCAUUCUUUCUAAAAAAAAGCAAAACUGUAGUAGAAAUGCAACCAAAACAGGCGAUAUGAAUUUAGAAAUGAAACUAAACACAGACACACGCAUAAAAAACAAAUCCCAAAGAAAUCAAAGUACACUUCGACAGCUGUAAGCUGUGUUUCUGUGGCUAAUAAUCAAGUAGUAUGAAUAAAGGACAUAUACCAACAUGUAAAACACGCGUUUUGGAACCGAGUAAUGCUGCGGGUUUCUCUCUUUCUUGUUGGCCUGCUCACGAUAGAGCACGUCCAUGUGACAUGGCCCGGUCAACAAUUAUUCUCCAGGAUGAUUGGUCCCUGGCUGCAGCCUCCCAUCCAUGCAGACACGCGAUCUCCGUCAGGUCUCGCUUCACUUGGUCCAGCCAUCGAGUUCGCUGUGCUCCCCUGCGCCUUAUGCCGAACUGGGGAUCACUGUCGAACACCUUCUUGGUGGGGCAUGAGUCCGGCCUCAAGACAUGCCCCAGCCAUCUCUCUCUUGCCAACUCUCUACCAGCCUUCGCCACCGUCAGAUUGCUCGGUCCGCCGUACAGCUCAGCAAGCUCGUGGUUCAUCCUUCUCCUCCACGCUCCAUGCUCGAACACACCGUCAAAGAUGGUACGGAGUAUGCGUCACUCAAACACGCCCAGAGCGUUUGCAUCCUCCGCUCGGAUGGUCCAGGACUAGUGUCCAUAGAGGACCACCGGGCGAAUUAAUGUGCGAUAUAACACAUUUCAUGCGGGCUUGAAGUCUUCUGGAUCUCAGCAGUCGGUGAAGCCCAUAGUAUGCCCGAUUCUCCUGAACAAUGCGUCUCCGGAUUUUGCUGCUGAUGUCGUUGUCCGAAGUAACGACCGUCCCAAGAUAACAGAACUCCUUUACUAACUCGAGAUUGUCGCCGCCAACUAAUACACUGCUCCCCAGAUGGUCUGAGUCUCCGGCAAGCAGAUACUUCCAGUAGCGGGUUUACAGUGUCGGGGGCCCUAAGCAGUAAGAAUUGAUGAGGCCCUCUGUACAUGAUUUCCGGGGGUGCUCGGCAUCCGUCUUUGAUUAUGUAACAUUUCAACUUAAAUUUUGUUUGGGCCCCCGCAAUUGCUUACUUUGCUUACCGUUAAAAUCGUCACUGGGUACUUCAACUUCGUCACAUUGAUUAUCAUUCCAAUUCUUGCUGCUUCGCGUUUGAGUAGGGUGUACACCUCACACAGCCUUACUGUUGUCCUGCCGAUGAUGUCGAUGUCAUACGCGAAGCCAAGAAAUUGGAUAGACCGAUAGAGGAUCGUGCCACGGAUGUCGUUGUUUAGCCCCGCGCUUCGAAUGACACCUUCCAGGGCGAUGUUGAAGAGUAGACAGGAGAGUCCGUAACCUUGACUCAGACCCCUGUGAGAUUCGAACGAUUCCGACGUCAAGUUCGACACUCUCACCUUGCACUGCACCCCGUUCAUGGUGGCCUCUAACUCCCGGAUCAACUUCCCAGGGAAGUGGUACCGCUGCAUGAUGCUCCAUGAUGCUGCGGGUAUGGCGAACGAUAAGUAUAUCUUGCCAAAUGUUACGGUUCCGAACUCUCCGCUGGAGCCAUCAUAAAGAUUUAUGCCAGUUUUCACCGCAAUCGAAGCGCAAUCGAAGCAAUCGAAAGCUCUACUGCUCUGCUGAAAGUUUACUAAAAUAAAGAGUAGAGAAGCAGCAACACCGUAAACCGCGUGUGUGCAUCGGUGAAAAGCUCGUAAACUGGAUCGCUUAAAUUAUAUUUAUCAUUUAUGGUGGUUUUAUUUAGUUUACAGAUACGAAUGUAUGUCUAGUUCCUUCUUGCUUUGUCGUUUUGUUUUAGCUUCAUUUCAUUUUCCCAUUCUCCGUUGUACGCCAGUGGGGGGGGGGGAGCGCCGAGGGACGUUCACUUCCAUUGCUAUCCUCGAGAGUGCGCGCAACGGUAUGGAUUUUCCGUUUUGUUCUAGUGUUUCUUUGUUUUUUUUUUGUUUUUUUUGUUUUUUUUUUUGUUUUUU